AUGACCCUUGUGCGUGAACUUGGAACAUCAGAACUGGAUUGGAAUCGUAUGAAUGAAACAAAUUAUGUCGCAUGUUCUACUCUAGCUGGAUCUAAAAACAAUAAUCCUAAUUUGUUGCCGUUGUUGAAUAAUAAUACCCCAACUACUAUUGCAUCCGCUUCAACAGCACCACCACCGACGACGACGACGUCAUCAUCAUUGUCGUCGAUGUGUGGAUCAGGUGAAUCUGCUCGUGAAGAGAAUGUCAACAACAACAUCAGCGGCGGUGGAGGCGGCGGUAAUCGUGGUGGUGGUCUUGUCCUAAAGAUAUUCCGUUGUAAACUUUGUCAUAAGUUUUAUAAGUCACGACGUAGUUUAUUAAGACAUCAAAUUUCACAUCAUGAACAGUCGGAUAGUCAGGCAGGGGCAGACGGGCAAACUGAGUGUUGA